AUGAAUGUUCUAUUAUGUUACAUCAACACAUUAAACAGAUUCUAUGAUAUAUCGGCUGUGGAAGUAGGUCAACAUUUCUAUUGGCAAAUAGGGGAUUUUCAAGUGCAUGCUCAAGUACUUAUUACCUCUUGGGUUGUAAUUGCUAUCUUAUUAAUUUCAACCAUUCUAGUUGUUAGAAAUCCGCAAACUAUUCCCACGUCUGGUCAGAAUUUCUUUGAAUAUGUCCUUGAAUUCAUACGAGACGUGAGCAAAACUCAGAUUGGAGAAGAAUAUGGUCCAUGGGUUCCGUUUAUUGGAACUCUGUUUCUAUUUAUUUUUGUUUCGAAUUGGUCAGGGGCCCUUUUGCCUUGGAAAAUUAUAAAGUUACCUCAUGGAGAGUUAGCUGCACCCACAAAUGAUAUAAAUACUACUGUUGCAUUAGCUUUACUUACGUCAGUAGCCUAUUUCUAUGCGGGUAUUUCAAAAAAAGGAUUGGCCUAUUUUGGUAAAUACAUCCAACCAACGCCAAUCCUUUUACCGAUUAACAUCUUAGAAGAUUUCACAAAACCCUUAUCACUUAGUUUUCGACUUUUCGGAAAUAUAUUAGCGGAUGAAUUAGUAGUUGUUGUUCUUGUUUCGUUAGUACCUUUAGUAGUUCCUAUCCCUGUUAUGUUCCUUGGAUUAUUUACAAGCGGUAUUCAAGCUCUUAUUUUCGCUACUUUAGCUGCGGCGUAUAUAGGUGAAUCCAUGGAAGGGCAUCAUUGACUAGUUAUGAAAAUAGGAUUUUAGACCGCGACAAAGUAUGUAUGGCUCGCGAUAAUCUACUUAAGGAACAGAAAGAUAAAAAUCCAAAGAAAUUUGGAAAAGUUUUCAUAACAAUCAAAAAGUAUAAAUAAAAUUAAAACAAUUACCAGGGAAUUAAACAAAAAAUAGAGAUUCAAUUCAAAAAAGGGUGAGGGGGUCGAACUAGGCGUAUAUAUAAUCUAAUCGUUAUAAGACAGCUGGGGGAUUUCCAAGAAUGAUUCUCGAAUACGAUUGAAUCGAAGAUACAACGAAUUGGUUUACGGUAUGGAACAAACACAUGUAUAUGUCAUAGUAGAUAUUCAUUAGUUAUAGAUGACUAUCUAUCUAAAUUUGUCCUGCUACUACUCUAAAUUUAGGUAGGGAUUCAAAAAAAAAGACCACUUCCAUCUCUUGUAAUUGUGAAUUGAAUAUAAAAUGAAAUCAAAGAAAAAGGAAGGUUUAAAAUAAAUGUAAGAUAAGACCAAAAAUUGUCUGUAUUCACAAAAAACUACAAGGGUAGAAACGAAAAAAGUAAAUAUCGAAAUAAUUGAGAUAAUUCAAUCAAAAUUAUUCCGUUUGAAAUUUUGAAUUACACUUCGACUAGAGAAAGAUAACUAGGAAGAAUGAAAUAAUUAAGUCAUAUAUUUUUUGUUGAUUAUAUUAUUAACUAUUUCUUAAUUUUAUUUGGAAUAGGAGAAA